AUGGGUAUUGAAAUCACCAAGCUCGCAGAUCUCUGUUCGAUAUGCGAGGACACAGUCGAGUCUAACGGGGAGCAGGUGCCACGGACUGCAUUCGCGGCUGUCGACGCAGAAGAGAAUGCUUUCUUUGGCGUCAAGCUGGGCAUCCAUAUAAAGCAACUCACCGUGGAGGUGGCCAGAGACUGUCUUCAGCCCCUGCCAGACGAAGAGAUUUAUCCAUACUUCCCCACGACUGGCUUAACCGCGGCGCCGCAUGACUGCUCUGGACGCUAUGUUAAACGCACUGCUUGGCCAAGCUACCUCGACUUCAAGGACACUACAUUUAUUCCCAGGCUGAUGCUUCAGGAAGCACAAACAAUGGAACUCCUGGCGCAAUGGCCCCAUCCCAAUAUCGUGGGAUAUUACGGCUGUCGUGUAAAGAGGGGUAGAAUUGCUGGGCUAGUCCUAGAAACUUUUUCAUUCUCUUACGACAUCGCGUUUGCCACCCAGCGGCCAGACCUGUUCAAAGGACUAGUCGACAAGGACCGUAUAAUGUCAGGACUGCGGUCCGCCGUUAGCCAUCUGCACUCGAUGGGACUGGCGCAUAAUGAUAUCAACCCGGCGAAUAUUAUGCUCAAGGAACAAGGGGAGCCAGUACUCAUUGACUUUGGCUCAUGCCAGCCUGUUGGUCAACGUCUCAUGUCAUGCGGGACGGCUGGGUGGCGCCAGGAAGAAUUUUACACGUCGGAAAUCGCUCAUGAUGACUAUAGUCUUGGCAUACUAGAGGAAUGGCUAGAUAACUUAAUCACCAGAGAGCGUUUAUAG